UCCAAUCGUCGUACGCAAUCGAAACAGAAGUCCUCUCUUUUUAUCCUUUUCUUUUCUGCGUGUUUCAGCCUACGUAUUGUCAGUUAUCUUAAUUGUUUCGGAAAUUCGGUGGGAAUUAUUUUUCAGUCCAGUGCUGAAAUGUUCCCAUUUUUUACUCUCCGUUAUCUACUCAGGCAGACAUUGUAAACAACAGACUAAGUUUAUUCGUAUUAAUUCAACGCCAAGCCAUAUAUAUAACAACCAAAAUGUAAAAUUUGCAAAAAUUACAAAUUUUUUAUACGCUUGGCAUAUUUAAUUACAGAUUGCGGUUCGUAUGCCCACUGCGGGCAGUAUGCCCACUCAUUCGCUACCUCUAUUUAAGUAAAGUUUAAUAAAACCUACUGCGAAAGUAACAAAUUCAUCUCAUCGAAAUGAACAUUCGUUUGACCAAUAUCUCCGUUUGUGUCAAAAAUUUUUCCACUUCAGCCGUAUCUACGAAAGGAUUAAUCACGCGUGACCGACAACACGGUGAACAACGUAAGAAUUGGUGGCAAACGUGCGCGUACGGAAAGGUUACGGUCUCGGCGUUCGAUCGAGUCUUGAUCAAGUGAAAGAACCAAGGAAGAAAGAAAAGAGAAAAACAGAAUAUGAUCACUCGCAGCCGGUAUUUGCCCGUGGAGACGAAAUAUGUUGGAAAAAGAAAGGAGAACAGUUGGAGAAGCUGGAAGGGUGAGAGGGGCCGAUAAGAGAAAUCGAGCUGAAUCGUGCUACGUGGAAUCGUGAAAGUGAAGGCGUAUCCCGCCUUUACAUGAGUCGCGAUAGGUUACAGGCCGCGAUCAAAUACCUGUUGCUCGACUUCUUUCUUCUUCUUCGCUUCCAUCUGUUUGCUUAAGCUCGUUGUUCUUGCAGUGUACAACCGGCUGUCAAGACGAAACAGUGACAUUUCUGUAAACAUGGAAUCUGUCAGGAGGAAGCUGAUUGAAUACAAUCAGGAACAUCUGUUGAAAUUCUGGGAUCAACUGUCAGACAGAGAAAGAGAGGAUCUUUGUCAAGAUAUAUCUGAGUUAGAUCUGACAGAUGUGACUUUAUGCUUCGACAAAGCGGUAUAUGCAUUAACCAAGAUGCAGAGUAUGUUGGAUGACAAGUUGACACCUAUCCCCAAGGAAAGUAUCGCAUCGGUCAGAACUACUGAUAAAGAACAGUUGAGAGUGUACGAAAAGCUGGGAUUGCAAGAAAUAGCAGAUGGAAAAGUAGCUGUACUGUUAAUGGCUGGUGGCCAGGGUACUAGACUAGGAGUAUCUUAUCCAAAGGGUAUGUACAAUGUUGGUCUACCUUCUGGAAAAACACUUUUCCAACUACAGGCAGAAAGGAUACUUCGCUUGCAAAGCAUGGCAAGGAAGAAAUGUGGAAAAGAUGGGGAAAUUACAUGGUACAUAUUAACCAGUGAAGCUACCCACGAUACAACUGUAUCUUUCCUACAAAAGCAUAAUUAUUUUGAUCUAAAAGAAAAGAACGUUCAAGCCUUUAAACAAGGUAUGCUACCAUGUUUUACACUGGAUGGAAAAAUCAUUUUGGAUAAAAAAUAUAAAAUUUCAAAGGCGCCUGAUGGAAACGGAGGGUUAUAUCGAGCUCUAAAGACGCAGGGAAUAUUGGACGAUAUGGUACAGCGUGGCAUUCGUAGUGUCCACGUUCAUUCAGUUGAUAAUAUCUUGAUAAAAGUGGCAGAUCCUAUUUUUAUAGGAUACUGCUUAUCUUUAUGCACUGAUUGUGGAGUUAAAGUGAUAGAAAAGUCUUCUCCGAACGAACCAGUAGGAGUUGUGUGUAAAGUCGAUGAUAUCUACAAAGUUGUAGAGUACAGUGAGAUUUCACAAGAGACUGCCAAAUUGCGUUCUAACGAUGGACAAUUAAUGUACAACGCAGCGAACAUAUGUAAUCACUAUUUCACCGUAGACUUUCUCCACGACAUUGUAACGAAUCACGAAAAUGAAAUGGAACUGCACGCUGCCAAAAAGAAAAUCCCUUACGUUGACGAAGAAGGAAAUCGAAAUGAACCGAAAUCACCGAAUGGAAUUAAAAUCGAAAAAUUCGUGUUUGAUGUAUUUAAAUUCGCGAAACAAUUAACAGUUUGGGAGGGAGUUCGCGAGGAAGAUUUCAGUCCCUUGAAAAAUGCAGAUUCGGUUGGCCAAGAUUGUCCAAGCACUGCGCGAAACGAUGUACUUAAACUCCAUAAGAAAUGGCUGUUGAACGCUGGAGCUACGUUUGUGGCAGAUGAUGUAGAAGUAUCUCCUUUAUUAUCUUACGCUGGGGAAAAUUUAGAUCACGUACAAGGACUGUCAUUGGAAGGACCGUGUGUAUUGAUAUAAAAUAAUCAGAAAACCAAUAUUAUUUUCGCAACUUUUUAAGGACAGUACUGUUCUUGUUAAAGAUCUUUAAACUAUGACAAAAAUGUAUUUUUUAACCUUCUGUGAUUUAAUAGUAAAACUUAGCUAUUAGAAAUUGUCGACAUUCUUGCAUAAAUUUUAUAACAAUAAAAUACAAAAGUAUUUUGUACGCAUCAAUGAGUCUUUAUAAUAAAAGAAGGAAAAGACAAGUUGUGGGCAAAAUGUUCACACAAUAUGUUGCAUAUUUUAAAAAUAUACAGACUUUAAUUGUUAUCUAAAUUUAGCUGUAAAAUUAUGUAAAUUAUAAACUUAGAGAUAUAUUAUUAUAAAUGAAGAUUAAUAUCCAGAUGAAAGUGUAACGAAAUCCAUGUAUUUUAACAUUACACAUUUGCAUUAAUUUUAUACGAAAUGGAGAUGCAAUAAAAGAAACGAUAAGAGAAUAUGAUAAUGUGACGUUUUACGUAUAUUUACACGUUAUUUAUAAAUAAAAUUUAUAUACAUUCUAUGAA